AUGGGCCAAGCAUCUUCAUUUGCCUUGCGCUCAGUGGACAGAGGGCUUCGACGGUUUCUCCAUCAACGGAGUAGCGAGAAGCAUUCUCCACUGCAGGAGGGUGGCGACGAGGAAAGUGGGUUUUUCACUUCCACCGGCCCGCGGAAGGAUACGGACAUCUAUUUCUUUACCGUUAACGAUUUGCGUGCUCUGGCGGCGUUCUUGCCAGAGUGUCUUUCUGCUGUAGAUCUUCAUCAUUUGCCACUGUUGUUUGUAUUGGACGGUGACAGAGAUGGGUUGUUUUCCCUCAACGACUUGAAACAGUUUAUCGCGUGGGCGAUAGAAACGCUCCCCUCCGAAACAUCUCUGGACGACGUAACCGAGGUAUUAAGGGGGCGAACCGUGUUACGCUGCUGGCUUUCAUGCCAUGUGGAAUCUCAAAAACAGCGUGGAGGAAAAGGGGUCUGCGCUGCACGGGAGGAGAGUCAUGACUCUGAUAGCCGAGAGUCUCGGGUGUAUUUUGUGCGCUGGGCACUCAAGCUACUGGAAUCCGCUGAAACGGAAGAUUUUUCAUCGUCAUUUGCUUUUACGCCAUCUUCAUUGUUACCCUUCCCAAGUGAUCCCAGUGACGUGGCGCGAGACGAGUUACUCGGUGCUUCCGAAGGGAAACCGUUGGUUGCACGCAUCGUGGCGUUAGAAUUUGGAGAAAAGCCUUCUCUCACGGGCGCCAGCACAGACAAACAGUCGUAUCGAGACGUCUAUGAGGAUCCUCCUCCUUUACCACCGGAAUUUAACGUGCAUGCCGUACCGCUAUCGUCACCGCGGCGACCCGCUUCUGCCCGUUUUUGUGGCCAACGAAAUAAAAGGGAAAGUGUGGAAAGUAGCAGGGACUCGCCUCGAAACGUAUUUGGCAUAAAGGCUUUGGAAGAAUUGUAUCAAGACCUUAGCGUUGGGGAGCUAUACGGAUUGUCGUUCUGGGGCCUGUGUCAAAUGCUCUCUCCCCAAGGUGCGGAAGAAGUAGAGAAGGCGGCCUCUCUACAAAAGAGUGAUGCGACAGUUACAUGGAUGGAUGCCGAAACAGCUGUUAACCAUCAUUUGCAACUGGCAUGCAACUCUGACACACAAACGGAACCUGUGUCCUCUUUUUGUGUCACGACGGAGGCAGUAGAAGGGUUCCUCAUGUGUUUCUGUAAGGCGUACUGGAACACGCUGAGGCGCUUGGGGUUGAGACCCUCCGAUGGAGCUGUAGCUGAGCGGUAA